CGUGAGCUGUGAGUACGUUAGCGGGCCGUUCCUGCAGACUCAGGCUGCCCAAUCUCCACGACCACCCUCCAUAUCUCUCCCACCAAGUCGUCGUUGCCUACGGCAAAGCUGGUCUCCCGCUUAAGCGGUUGAAAGCUCAAGGCAUGGGUACUGCAUCCAGCAGAGCCAUCGUCGAUGUCGAUGCCGCUCGGUCCGAGAAAAUGGGGCCGAACCCUACGUUGGUGCAGCUAGAAGAGCUGAUCAACGAGCAAAUCCAGGAGCGCCGCGCGGAGUUGAUUUUGCCACGAAAGAGGCGGGGGCUGCAUAGGCUCAUGACGCUGGCAGAGCAACCAACAGUUGCAGGCCAUGAAGGUCGUAUCCUUGGAGUAAUGCAGUCCCAGCUGCCUCCUAGAUCCAUUCGACCCGUGGAAGUACCGUCCAUGGACGAGUACAUAGCCGCUUGUGUGCGUCUUGGGUACGAGAAGGACCUCGUCCACUUCGCGAUCGCUGGCGCUACCUGGAGGGACAGGCUCUCGCUCCUGAACGCCUUCCUCGGUCGUAGGGAUGCGUACAAAGGCGAUCCGGACCCCUCUGAGACCACAGCGAUCGGCACACAUCGUUUUACCAGCCGCGACAACCUCGUCGUCUUCCACCUUAUCCCCACCUUGGAGACGCUGUCAGUUCCGAACUGGCGAUUCUUCAAGGACAAGGGGUUCUACCUCUUUGAUGCUUUCGUGGUCUUGCUUGACCAGGAAGGCUCAUUCACGAAGUCGGAUCUGGCCAUCCUAGAGGGCUGUGCGCAUUUCGACAUACCGUCAUACAUCGUCUGUGCAGGCGCGCACACUGACCGUGUGUUGACCACCCUUGGUUCCAGUGCCAAUGGCGCAAGGAGCCAGCGGAUCAGGACCGGUCAUAAUAACCCGGCAUUCUCGCAGAACGCUCGUAGUCGCUAUAUGCGAUCCACCGAAGCGGCUGUCGAGAAGGCGCUGAGAUACGCCGAGCUUCCAGCACAGUCGGUCUACUUCGUCGAGGAGUCCACUCUCCACGAUAUCAUCAGCGGCAAAGGGUGCUGGCAGUGGCUAAUCAGCUUCAGAAAAACCCUUUACGCUACCAUCAAAGGUCUCGGCAGGCAGGCUACCAGGAGAGAAACGAAGCCAAUGCCCGGCGUUGCUAAUUUUGACGAAUGGGAGCUAUUGGGAGAUGUGUGCGAAGAUGUACGUUGCAGACGUGUGCUCGGUCAUGACUCAUGGACAAACACGGGCAAUGUCCUCCUCAUAUCUAUGAACCACUAACGUUCUCGUCUCCGGGUACUGCAUCCACACAUGGCACGUUAUGUACAAUUGUCGCGGUGAAGCGGAGGUCAAGCGUUUGUACAGUAGCAUCGAUUUUUCCAAUUGACCGAGUCUGCUCGACACA